AUGUGCUGUUUGAUAUGGACGGCGAGUCUCGCGUACCAUAUUAAAAUCAACGUUAUAGACGUCUUUCCAGGUCUCCUUCUAGACACCGAGUCGAUCUACACGAAAGUCACCAACACGAUUUUAGCACCUUAUGGGAAGGAGAUGACCUGGGAUAUCAAAGCAGGAUGUAUGGGUAAACCUGAACUUCCGGCCGCCCAGCACCUCCUCUCCUGCUUCCCGGACCUCCCAAAAUCGUUCACAGCAGAAUCCUAUCUCAUCGAGCGUAACCGGCUACAAGACACAUUUUGGCACACAACCCAAUUUCUUCCUGGCGCUAAACGCUUGCUGCUGCAUCUCGCGAAACACCAUGUACCGAUUGCCGUUGCAACAAGCUCGAAGCGACGGAAUUACGAGCUGAAAACAAAUCACUUGGCAGACAUAUUUGGCCGCGAUGGUGUUUUCGCUACCGGGGAACGCAAGAUGAACGUGGUUUGUGGUGACGACAGGGCCGUGAACGGGGAACCGAUAGCAGGAAAACCGGCACCGGAUAUUUUUCUGACUGCCGCACGAGACAAGCUUGGUCGGGAUGUUGGGUUUGGAGAGAACCCGGUAGUAGAGAGUCAGGUCGUGGAGCGAGCCCAGGGGCUCGUAUUCGAAGACGCGUUGCCUGGUGUUCAAGCGGGCAAAAGGGCAGGCAUGAAUGUCAUUUGGGUCCCAGACCCAAACCUUCUUGCAUUGUCGAAUGGGGAAAAAGAGCCCAAUGCGUUGCAGCCCGACCGGGUGAUUCAUUCAUUGGAGGAGUUUGUACCAGAGGACUGGGGAUUGCCGGCCUAUGAUGAGGUGUGA